AUGUCUUCUGAGAACUUCCACUUUCCAAACAUACACAAUACCAUCGCCAAAAGUGUCCAGCAUGCGAUAGACUCACAUCUCAUGUCAAAUACAGCUAAUCCAUUCAACACUUUGGAGGGUGGAUACUCACUUCAGUGGUACAGGCCUGAACUCUGGAUAGACGCCUGUGAGAGCGAUGCCGACUGCGACCGCGAUUGCGACAGCGACAGCGACCCCGACAGCGAUGCCGAGGCCGACAGCGAUGCCGAUGCCGAUAGCGACAGCGACCCCGACAGCGACAGCGACAGCGAUCAAGCGCCCGUGAGAGCGACAGCGAUGCCGACAGCGAGAGCGAUGCCCGCGAUCUCGCUCUCAGCCCGCUGUGGGUGCAUCCUCGAAGAGCCACACUUCCCCCUACAGCUGAGUUGGAGCACCGGGUGA